AUGGAAGAUUUUUCGUUGCCACAAGAUAAAAUUGACCUAUUUAGCGACAUAUAUUUGAACGUUGCAGUGGGAAAACAACUUUCACGGGAGAAGACAAACAGUGUAUUCGAUGUGUCUCCAACCGAGCAAGAAAAUCACAAAGUUAAAAACAACACAAGAAUGUACUCAACAAACGACGAUAGUCGUUUCGGUGAAACUAAACAAAUAGAAAGACCAACUGAAAAACAUUUAUUAGAUUUUAUCAAUAACGGAUUUGACCGCACAAAAUUAGAUAAACCCUCAGAGGAUUCUCUGUUGGAAAAAAAUCCAUUUCUUAGUAACCAUUGGUUGGAAUGUCUUCAUUUAGAUUUGAUUGACCAACAAAUUAUACGGGAUAAAUUAUUUUUAAAUGAUAGAAUUAUAAAUGCAGCAAUGGUGUUAAUGAAAAUAAAAUAUCGUCAUUUAUCCGGACUGAAAGAUGUAAUAAUAUCGACAGUGGAAGAAUUCCCGAUAAAAUCCUGCUACUGGGCAAUGAUGCUGGUGACGAUGAAAAUGCUGCCGUUACUCUUAAUUACAUUACAUUUGUCACUUACAUUGUCGGUACUAUGUGAAGAAUGUAAACUUCCAGUCGGAAGAGAAGUGGACGUUAAAAAGUUGUUUAAAACUUCCUGGUAUACUGGACUUCAAACAGACGACUUUACAUCAUCGAUACUGACGUGUGUCAGAUUUUCCAACUUUACGUCAACCGACUCAGGUUUUAGAGUCGUCUCAACCGAACAUGGCGACAGAUACGUCGAAUUCCCUAUUCACUUCAACAUACACAAAAAUGGAAUUUACCACCAAAGCAAGGCAAACGACGAAACGACAACUCACUCUGAGCAUACACGUGAGACAAACGGAAAGCAUAACGCAGCAAUUAGCGAAAUGGAAAAAAAUUUUUUCACUGGAAAUUUUGUGUUUCUAACGGAUUACAAAAAUUAUUUCGCUGCGUUUUUAUGUCCUACUAUAAUAAAAUCUGACGAAGAACUCCGUAUGAUUUGGGGAUUUUUCCCGAGUUCAAAUCCAACUUUGAAACAAAUUGCAGCAUUCAGCAAUACCCUAUAUGAUCAAGAAAUAUCUGCAACAUUCCACCCGUCAACAUGCUCAGAAAGAGAUUGGAAUGAUUUAAACAAGCAAAAAUAAUUUGCGACUCUCCAUAAUACAUAUGUACUUCAAAUAAUUUAGUUAUCCGACCCCGCAUGUAUAGGAAAUGCGUGUAUGCAGAUGAUUGAAUUCUUUUUUAAAAGACGGGCAAAAGCCUUCCUCAUUCUUUUCACAUUUGUAAUGUGAUUUUUUUAUCGGAAAGCAUGAAUCGAACUCACCGAGUCAGUCAGUGGUCAGUCUUUCAGAAAGUAUCUCAUUAUAAAAUGGUUGAACGACGACAAAAUAUUUUCUGUUUGAACUGACUGAAAUCGUUGUAUAUAUGAUAUUUUCGCUUUGAGACAUCAGCUCCGAAUCAUUAUAAAUGGACGAUUGAAAUAAAUGCAAGAUUGGUGUUUGAGCGAAACUCACUCAAAAAUCACACGGUUGCUAAAACAAAAGCCAUACGGAAAUUCCAAGCAGUGAUGUAUAUUAAUAUCAGCAAAAUUUAGGACAAAUCAACAGGUCUCAGAGAUAAUUUGAUGAACAGUAUAAAUGUAUGAGCUCUCUGAGACACAUCUUUUAUGUGUUAUUACUGCAAAACAGAAAGCUAUGAAUCCGUUAGAACAAAAGACAUCAACUUUUCAGUAUGCUCAAAACUGAUGAAGUCGCUAGAAGUCUAUUACUGUCCGAUAUUUGACCCAAAUUGUUGCUGGAUUUUAUAACAUUUGA